ACAAGUGUGUUCGAGAGCUGGAGGGUCAUUAGUGGAGAUAGACAGUGACCAAGACCAAAUGGCUAUUCACGACUUUGCCGUCAACACAAAACGUGCAAUGUGGACAUCACUGCACAGUGUGCAAACGGGCACAACUAAUAGGAACACAUGGCAGUGGUUGAUGCGACAAUGUUGACAACAAAUCCUAGUCUGCAGUACUGGGCUAAUGGCCACCCACCAUCACUAAGGACCAAUGCGCUGAACAACACGUGUGUAUGGGUAAACAACAAUCAACCUGACUACCACAAAGCCUGGUCCACAGACAACUGCCAUGUCAGGAAGGGGUUUGUCUGCAAGAGACCGGAAGGUGUAUGUAUGCCGGGAUGGGUGCCCCACCAGAAACUCUGCUUUUUAUUCAACAUCCGGUUUAAGUACAACUGGUUCCAGGCAAACACUUUCUGUAAAGCCUCUGGAGGGAACUUAGUCUCCUUCUAUUCACGAACAUUCACCACCUUUAUCAACUCCUACCUGGACGAACUUCAAGAGGCGGGGAUAGACUCCUUCUGGAUUGGGCUCACUGAUAAUAACAAGACAGGAGGGCCAUGGAUAUGGACCAAUGGAGGGAAUACCCAGCACUAUCAACACUGGGUGGGUAACCAUGCCCAAUCCAACACUCCUAACCACCCGGACUGUGGGUACAUCAACACAGCUGAUGCAAAUGGUUCCUGGAGACGCACAACAAACUGUGUAAGACAAAAGGCGUUUGUUUGUCAGAUUCCGAUGGGAAGACAGGUCAAGACAGUUACUACACCAAGACCCCAGUUCAAGUGUGACGGACACUGGAUACUCUACCGAGGAAAUUGCUACCAGUUUAACGAUACCAGAUUACCCUGGCUAAAAGCUCGUAUUGCGUGUCAGGAUGCCACCGCAGACCUUGUCACCAUAAACUCGGCAGCCGAUAUGUCAUUUGUACUCAGGCAGUCCCAUGGAAAAGAGUACUGGAUUGGGCUAAAUGACCGAACACGAGAAAGCUCAUGGCAAUGGUUAGAUGGAAACCAGGGCAGUAAAUAUUUUAAUUGGGCUCCUCAUGAACCAAACAACCUGCUAACCGAAAAUUGUGUGGAGAUGAAUUUUCAAAACCAUCAAGGAAAGUGGAAUGAUCGUAUAUGUUCUACAGCUGUCAGGUUCAUAUGCCAGAAACCAGCCAGUAACGCUCAACUUCCAGUGACUGUAUCUACUACGCCAGCCAUGCCCAUAAGUGUCCGCUGUGGUUUGAACUGGGAGGAGGAUCCAAAUUCUAACAACUGCUAUCAGUUUUUUGACAAACAGCUUGACUGGAUGGAUGCCAGAGAAAUCUGUCAAAAUAAUGGUGGAGACCUCGCCAGCAUUGAAUCUCGAGAGGAACAGUUCUACGUCUCAGGGAAGAUCCACAACAUGAACUCUGUGGCACUGUGGAUCGGUAUAAAUGACAGAGCAGGGGAGGGGAGGUUUUCCUGGACAGAUAACUCUCCUGUUGCUUACCUCCACUGGGGAAAUGGUGAACCAAAUGAUUAUCGUCAUCGUGAGGACUGUGCCGCCAUAUUUACCACGACCUCGAACUGGAAUGAUUAUCCAUGUUCCAACAGAAAUGGAUUUAUCUGUAAAAAGCAAUCCAACGCGCGGACUACUACAACACCUGUGCCCCCAGUGGUCACAAAGGCAGGUUAUGUUAUGGGUUGCCAAACUCCUUAUAAGCCUUUCCAAGGAAACUGCUACAAAAUGUGGCAGAUUAGACAAAAUUGGGCAGCUGCAAAAUCAUUUUGCCAUCGGCAGGGUACCAUCCUAGCCACUAUAAACAGCCGUGAAGAGCAGAACUUUAUCGUGACCCUGAUUCCAAAAACUGGUUAUGGCUAUUGGAUCGGAUUAAAUGAUCAGAUAAACCAAAAUACGUUCCUUUGGUCUGACGGGAGUCCUGUCGUGUACACAAACUGGGCGGCUAAAGAACCAAAUAACUAUGGGAGAGGGACUGAGGACUGUGUACUGAUGCUGAGAACGAAUGGACAAUGGAAUGAUGCUGUCUGUCAAAAUCCUGCUGAUGGCUUUAUUUGUAAAAAGCCUAUGACUUUGAUGUCUGCCACACCCCAGCCUCACACAGUAGGGUGCACAUGGCCUAGUGUUGGCUAUGGUAGUUACUGUUUCCGAUUUAUCUACCAAUCGAAAACCUGGCAGGAUGGACAGAAAACCUGUAGCAGCGCAUUUCAUGGGACGCUGGCUGCCAUUAAUGACAGGUUUACGGAGGCUUUCCUGUCAGCAUACAUGUCAUAUCAGACAGACAACUACUGGAUUGGGCUGUCGGACACCCAGACGCAGGGAACCUACACGUGGAUCAGUGGUGUUCCCGUCACCUACACUAACUGGGUGGCUGCCCAUACUGGUAACGAGAUAGCCACCUGCGUGAGUUUGACACACACUCAUCCGAAAGGACUUUGGCAAAAUUUGAACUGCACAGAGAAGCAUCACUUCAUCUGUCAAAUGCCGCGGCAGGGCUACACACCUCCUGUGAUUACGCAGCCCCCAUCCACUCUUCCUUGUCCCAGUGGAUACACAAGCUACCAAUCAUAUUGUUACCAGGCGGUGGGACUGACGGACCAAACAAAAUGGCUGUCCUUUGAUGCCGCCAGAGAUUAUUGCAGAGCUUAUGGCGGAGACUUGACCAGCAUCCACACUGUGGCUGAGAACAAUUUUGUUGCCACAUUAACACAAAGUAGUUCUGUCAGUGUUUGGAUAGGAUUGAACGAUAAGGACGUCGAACGUGGACACAAGUGGACAGACGGCACCCCUACUGAUUACACCAACUGGAACCGGGGUGAACCCAAUAACUUUGCUGACACGGAAGACUGCGUAACAAUGAACCUCGGCUCUGGGGGAUGGAAUGAUAUCAAUUGUUACUUCAGCAAACCAUUUGUCUGUAAAAUCCCCAAAGGUGUUCCUCUGUCAACACCAGCGGUCAUUCCCACAGCAGCAGCAUCUUCUGCCUGCGGUGCAGGAUGGGUCAUCUAUAAUCAGAACUGUUAUUACUUUGGCAACGGAUCAAAACUUUUGUCCUGGUUCGAUGCUCGGACCACAUGUAACCAGAUGGGAGCGGAACUGGCCAGUGUCCACAGCCAGGAUGAGGACAACAUGUUGGUGGGACAGUACACUAAGAAUAAACGAAUGAUUGAUUACUGGAUAGGACUUAAUGACAUCGAAUACAACAGCAAAUUUGUAUGGACAGAUGGUAGUCUUCUUGACUUUGUGACAUGGAGCCCAAAGGAACCAAAUGACUAUGGUGGUGGUGAGAAUUGUGUCACAAUGCCAUACUGGACCGGGGGAAAAUGGAAUGAUGACAAUUGUAACAUGCUGAAGAACUUCAUAUGUAAGAGGCCAGUAACAGGAAGUACUAAACCUUUAAUGCCGGCCAGUACACCAAUACUAGCCGCUGGUUGUCCUAAUUCCAACUUUAAACCUGUUCCCAACUCCAACAGAUGUUAUUACAUUGUCAACAACCAGGUCAACUGGACCGCAGCUGUGUCAGCGUGCCAGUCAUCCUACCCAGGAGCAACCAUAGCAACCAUCAGCAACAUGCACGAACAACAAUUUUUAACUUCGAUGCUGUAUGACCAGGAUCCACAUUUGACUCUUUGGAUUGGUCUGAAUGACCAACGACAGUCGCGAAGUUUUUACUGGGCAGAUAACUCUCCUCUGACCUACGUUAACUGGUAUAAGGGGGAACCAAACAACAGGCCAGAUGGCUCUACCUUCCAACGGAAUUCAGAGCGAUGUGUGGAGAUGUAUGCUUCCAGUAUGGCCGCUGGCCAGUGGAAUGACAAACAAUGUGGAGCCACACGAAAUUUUGUUUGUCAGCAACAUCGAAAGUCAGGUGUAGCCGUGACCUCAGUUCAAGGUUCAUGUCCCUUGGGAUUUGCAAUGAUGGGAGCAAGUUGUUAUCGCUUUUUCCCAGCAAACGGAGCCGCUGGAUCAUGGACUCAGGCCAAGCAGGUAUGCCAACAGAACGGGGCGAAGCUGGUGGAAAUUAAUGAUGUUUAUGAAGACGGAUUUGUUCAGUCCCUUGUCGGAAAUUUAGCUCCCAAAGGAUACUGGAUUGGACUAGCAGAUCAAACAUCUUCUGGGUUAUAUACCUGGUCACAGUCUGGCUGGCCAGUGACCUACACAAACUGGGGAGACGGGGAGCCAACCAAGGGAACGGGGGAGGGGUGUGUAGCCAUUAUCAACAACAAAUGGAAUGACACCUUAUGUAACCAACAGCUGGGAUUUGUCUGUCAUGUUAACCACAAUCACGUUCCUCCCACCCCUCCUCUGUCAUCUGUUAGUUGUGAUGGAGCUGCUCCUAUAGCUGUCGGGGAGAGCUGUUUCUAUAUCUCUGGAUUCAAAACUAAGACCUGGCCAGAGGCCAGCUACAUAUGUGAGAGAAUGGGCAUGGAACUAGCCAGUUUCCAUUCCCUGGCUGAAAUGACCACGGUGUUACAGAAGUUCCAGACUUAUCAAGCACAGCCUGGUGAGGAAGUGCCCAGAUUCGCAGAAAAUAUUUGGACAGGGAUGACUAAAGGAUUCUCAGAUGGAUUUCAAUGGAAAGAUGGUUCUGGUGUGAAUUUCCUUAACUGGAAUAAAGGUGAACCAUCCGAUUCAAUGAGUUCCUCCCAGGAGGAAUGUGUAGAAAUGUACACAGAUACUGGCAAAUGGAAUGAUGUCACUUGCUUCACGAAACGAAGAUAUGUCUGCAAGAAAGCAGCACAAUCAAGUACCAUGGGAUUCUCAUUGACAACAGGAAUCGUUCCAGUGACUAAUCUUUUGGGUCCCUUGAACUCUGUGAAUCCCUUCGGUACCACGCCAAUUCCCACGAACCGCAUUACCCCCAGUCCACAGACCAUUCCAGUGAUAACCCAGCCCCAGGGUGUCGGACAGGGCACAGCAGCCCCACAGAAACAGUCUUCGUCUAACAAUAAUAACGGACUGUCCACAGGGGGCCUGGUCGGCCUAUUGAUUGCCAUCAUUGUAAUACUGGGGCUGUUUGUCUUUGGAAUACUAUUCCUAAGACGACGACAGAGUCCACCCACCACAGGGGGAGUCGGUGGAUUUGACAAUGCCAUGUACUCAUCAUCCGAGGGAGCCGUGAACAUAAAAAACACCAACGGUGGAUACGGCGCCAAUGGGGAGGAUGCAUGACGUAAUCAACAACGUGUGACAUAAUUAACGACACACGAUAUAAUCAACAUCUCAUGACUAUCAAACAGUAUUAAUCAGAUACCUGAGACCACACAUGACGGAUAAGUUUUGAACCGUGUGUGUAACUUCAGAAUGCAUUUCCUUCCACUGUUUGAUUACAGUGACACAAAUUGUAAUGGAAUCACGUCUUCAUUUGUGUUUAAUCAAUGUCUGUCUCAUGAUAUGUUGAUAUUCAUUUUCCAGUAAAUAUAUACGAUGGACGUAUAUCUUAUCAUCAAAAUACAUGGAUGUUGUUUUUUCUUUAGAAUAAAGUAAUUAUACAUCUGUUUUAUUCCCGACAGUACAUUGCACUAUAUGUUAUAUUUGUCUAUGCUCAUGAGCAAAAUAUUUGUGCAAUAUCAUAAUAUUUACACUGUCAGAUGUUACUGGGGCAUUUUGUAUUUUCAUAACAUUCUUAAUUGUUAAAAACAUUGCACCAAUAAAACAAAAUUAUAACACCAUA